AUGGGUUGUGCAAAGUCCAAGAAAGCGGCACUCCAGGAGAAGGAAAUAGAGGCAGAUGCAGGUCCUGGUGUCCAGCAGGGCCACUACGUGAAGGACCCCACUUCUGCCAGCAAGGGGCGGCAUGGGCAGAGCCCUGGUGUGGCCGCGGUGCCCGGGGCUGCCCAUGAGGACGUCGUGCUGGCGCUCUACGACUACGAGGCGACGCACGCACAGGACCUCGGCUUCCGCAAGGGCGAGCAGCUCCGGGUGCUGGAGGAGUCAGGCGAGUGGUGGAGAGCCCGGUCACUGGCCACGGGGCAUGAAGGCUUCAUUCCCAGCAACUACGUGGCGCGAGCCGGCUCGCUGGAGACCGAGGAGUGGUUUUUCAAGGGCAUCAGCCGGAAGGAUGCGGAGCGGCAGCUCCUGGGCCCGGGAAACGGGGCAGGAUCCUUCCUGAUCCGGGACAGCGAGACGAGCAGAGGCUGCUACUCGCUGUCGGUGCGGGACGCGGAGCCGGCGCCGGGCGGCCCCGUGAAGCACUACAAGAUCCGCGCGCUGGACGGCGGCGGCGGCUUCUACAUCUCUCCACGGAGCGGCUUCGCCUCGCUGCGGGAGCUGGUGCAGCACUACGGCGGGCAGCGUGACGGGCUGUGCCAGCGGCUCGUGCAGCCCUGCAGCGUCCCCAAGCCACGGCAGCCCUGGGAGAAGGACGCCUGGGAGAUCCCCCGGGAGUCGCUGAAGCUGGAGAGGAAGCUGGGAGCGGGGCAGUUUGGAGAAGUGUGGAUGGCCACCUACAACAAGCACACCAAGGUGGCCGUGAAGACCAUGAAGCCGGGCAGCAUGUCGGCGGCCGCCUUCCUGGCCGAGGCCGAGCUCAUGAAGACGCUGCAGCACGACAAGCUGGUGAGGCUGCACGCCGUGGUGACCAGCGGGGAGCCCAUCUUCAUCAUCACUGAGCUCAUGGAGAGAGGGAGCCUGCUGGACUUCCUCAAGAGCAGCGAGGGGCACAGGCAGCCGCUGCCCAAGCUCAUCGACUUCUCCGCUCAGAUUGCGGAAGGGAUGGCUUUUAUUGAGAAGAGGAACUACAUCCACAGAGACUUGCGAGCGGCCAACAUUUUAGUCUCGGCCUUACUGGUGUGCAAGAUUGCGGACUUUGGCCUGGCCCGGGUCAUCGAGGAUGACGAGUACACGGCCCGGGAAGGCGCCAAGUUUCCCAUCAAAUGGACUGCCCCAGAAGCCAUCAACUAUGGAUCUUUCACUAUAAAGUCAGACGUCUGGUCCUUUGGGAUCCUCCUGACAGAGAUCAUUACCUAUGGGCGCAUCCCAUACCCAGGGAUGUCCAGCGCGGAGGUGAUCCGGGCCCUGGAUCGCGGCUACCGCAUGCCGCGCACGGAGAGCUGCCCAGCAGAGCUGUACGACGUCAUGAUGAGAUGCUGGAAGACGAACCCAGAGGAUCGUCCCACCUUCGAGUACACGCAGAGCAUCCUGGAGGACUUCUUCACGGCAACGGAGAGCCAGUACCAGCAGCAGCCGUGACGCGGGGCGCACGGUGAAGGAGCA